AUGCCCCAAGCUCGACCCCGCUGCCGCUGCCCAGCACCUGAGACCAACCUCUCCUAUGACCGUGCCGGCGAGCAGCUGCUGGAGCCGCCACACCACCCCGUCAGCCGACGAGGUCCUGGCCACGCCUCCCCCCUUGCCCUUUCUUCUCCUCCCUCUGCUAUCUCUAAUCUCUGCAGGUCUCUCUCUUUUCUGCAAGAGGACAGGAACAAGCAGGAGCUCACCCGUGGCCUCCCCUGCACGUCACCGCCCCGGAUUGACCUAGCCCCGAGGUCCUCGUCGCUGGGCCAGGAGCACCUCGUCGUCCUAGACCUCGCCACAGUCGGGGACCAGCACCAAGGAACAGAACGAAGGUUGAUGCAGCCCCACCAUGGAUGCCCUUGCUGCCCUGCAACUCCCCAUCCGCCGUCGUUCUCCAAUGGAUCCGGUCGAUGCUCGCUAGCUCCGCCCAUUCCCGUCCUGGGACAGCCCCGUCGAAGCCUCCAAGUCCCUCCGGAUCGACGAUUGACCCCGUCUAGAACAGCCAUGGACGAGCAGUUUCAGUCAGAGUUCCGCAAGCGUGUCAGAUUGUGAUGACCCGUACG